AGCGCACGUUUGAUUUUUUAUAGAGAGAAAUGAAAUCAGCGUUUCGAAACGCCUACUUCUUCACAGUCUCACUCUCUCGCUCCUUGAACCCUAACACAAACCCAAACCUCAACCUCUCUCCCAUUUUCCACAAACUCCCUCUCCUUUCCACCACCACCAUCUAUCUUUCACUCCCUCUCCUCAUUUCUCGUCACCGAAAAGCACCAGGUCGCUCAUUCUCCACAACUCUCACCAUGUCAGGCGGUGCUGAUUCUCCCUCUCCCUCACUAGAUAAACAAUUCGAAGAGCUUCGCUCGAAGCUAGAAGAAUCAGGAAGAUUGCGCGAAAAGAUUCGAGCUGUUGUCUUAGAGAUCGAGUCCACCACUCGACUCCUGCACUCUGGUCUCCUUCUCGUUCACCAAUCCCGUCCCGUUCCAGAGGUUUUAGAGAAAGCAAAGGCGCAAAUUGGAGUGUUGAAGGGGUUAUAUAAUAGACUUGCUGAAAUCAUCCUCGAGUGUCCUGGUCAAUAUUACAGGUAUCAUGGUGAUUGGAGGAGCGAAACACAAAUUGUUGUUUCUCUGCUGACUUUAAUGCAUUGGUUAGAGACUGGCAAUUUACUUAUGCACACUGAAGCUCAGGAAAAACUUGGCUUGAACAGCUUGGAGUUUGGUUUGGACAUUGAGGACUAUCUUAUUGGUGUUUGCUUUAUGUCCAAUGAAAUGCCUCGGUAUGUUGUGAACCAAGUGACCGCUGGGGACUAUGAUUGUCCAAGAAAGGUGUUGAAGUUCAUGACAGAUCUUCACGCAGCCUUCCGCAUGCUCAAUCUCCGGAAUGAUUUCCUGCGCAAGAAGUUUGAUGGCAUGAAGUAUGACCUACGGAGAGUUGAAGAAGUGUACUAUGAUGUUAAGAUCCGAGGUUUGACGGCUACUGGUGAUUCAAAUGGCAAUCAAGGAGUUGUAGAAGGUGAAUCAUAGGUUAUAGAACUAUCAAACUGUUGGUUACCUCUCCACUCUCCAGCUAUAUAAAAUACUGUAGAUUCACUCUUUUGAGGGAUGGUCCAAGGAGGAUGGUGAUACCAAUCGUAACUGUAUGUGUUAAUCCAGAAUUUUGUUUUCUCAAGGUGAGGGUGAAUAGUUUUGAUGAAAACUCUCUUUGAAUC